AUGGCGGCGAGGAAGGAUGAAGAUGAAGAUGAGGACGAUGAUCAGCUCAAUCCCGAAAAUUUUCAGAAGAUGGUGUCGUGGUUGGGGCGACAUGAUCCUCCUGAGGCGGAGGAGUCCGAGGAUGAGACGCACAACACGGUGGGCAACGUGCCCAUGCACUGGUAUGCGGACUACCCUCACAUCGGCUACGAUGUAGAGGGCAAGAAGAUCAUGAAGAAACAGGGUCCCGUAAAGGAUGAGAUGGAUCGCUUCCUCGACCGUACCGACGACCCCAACUACUGGCGUACAAUCUACGAUGAGAAGAACGAUCGCGAGAUCGUGCUCACCAAGCAGGACCUCGAGAUCAUCCGCAAGAUCAAGGCCGGCAAGUCGCCCAGCGCCGGCUACGAUCCCUACCCCGAGCUGUUUGAGAAGGACGACAAGCCCAGCAUUUUCGCGGUGACGAACAAGCCGGCGCCCAAGAGCCAGUUCAUUCCGUCCAAGUGGGAGGCCAAGCGGGUGGCCUACCUGGUGCGGGCCAUCAAGAAGGGCUGGAUCAACCCCAAGAACCAGCCCAAGGAAAAGCCCCAGUUCUACGACAUCUGGUCCAACGACGCCAGCGAGCACAAGAAGAACCCCCAUGCCCCUCAC